AUGAGUAAAAAUCAAACUAUUCAAGAAUUUGACGAGAACUUCUUUAGCAGCAUUGCUGUACCGAAAGUGAAGGAUUACUCGAGACUUUCGAGUUCACCAAGCAGAGAUCAGCCAUGUGAAUCUUCGUAUUUUGAGAAACACUUCCCAAAUCUGGAAUGCGACACUCCUGUAAAAAUGAAACUUCCAUCAGCUGUUCGUGAAUCCGGUGACGCGUUACCUACUGGAAAUAUGGACAACUUCUUAUCCUCGUCGUCAUCCUCUGAGAGCACCGUACAUGUUGUUGAACAAAACGAAUCUGUGGAGACGGCUGCUCCAGCCAAACCAGUACCACACCAAAACAGAGAACCACUUAAGAUUGUGCCAAACGACACAGCGCCGGUUCCAGCAAAGCCAUACGGAGAAAAUCAAUUGAUUGAAAGUCUCGAGAAGUUGACAAUGUUUGCUGCAAAAGAACCAGAGGAACGUCUUUCACAGCGUCGUCGUUCUGAGCAGAAGAAGAAACAAGAGGAAGAGAACAAGCGGCGAUCAGCACUUCCAGCUGCCAAUCGUGCUCGCUCGAUCAGCACAAAACGAUCAGUAUCUCGAGAACCAACAGCAGCUGCGACAAGAGAAUCAUCAAUUCCUCGUUCUCGACACAACUCGGUGACCCGUACCAUCUCUGCACCAAUCACGAACGCUGCAACCGGAGUUGUCACUCGUGCCAUGGCUGCUCGCGCCGCUGAGGUUACUUUCAAGGCGCCUGGUGUCCGUCGCAGUGUUAUGCCGAUGAAAAUCGCUCAGAAGACGCCAGUAGCAGCGGUGAAAAACGACGCAGCUCCAGGAAGUGGAGACAGAUCUCGUGACCGUACUCGUCGGACGAAUACAACCGGAACUUCGUCGUUCCGUCGUAGUGUAAUGCCGAUGAAGCCAACUGGAUCUACAACACCAAUUGCACCACCUCGACGUUCUGCAUCCGUCACCAAAACUACGGUUUCUCUCAGUAAAAUGACACCGAAAUCUCGCCCGAUUGCUACAGCCAACCGUUCGUCAAUUCUUCGUAUGAAUGUUGUCAAACCUACCGCUCCACCUACUGCCGCCGCCGCUGAUUCGGAAGCUCAACAGAAGCGGUUGGCUGCUGCUCGCCCUGCAGCUCCUGUGGCUCAAACUGCACGAAGCCGUCAGGCACUAAGACCAUCUUCUGGACAACGGCCUGCUCGCCCGCCAGUGGUUACCACACGUGCUCGAUCUGUCGAUCGUGCGGGUCAACAGCCUCCAACAACUGCUGGCGCCGCUACUCCUGCUGCGAAGGUCAACCGGAGUGAUCUUUUCAAUCGUUUGGCUAUUCCGAAAUUGUCGGCAACCCCACGCGUCUCACAUGACGGUCCAACGUCGAGCCUUCGCAAAACUGCUGUUCGCCCGGUCCCUUCAUACAUUUACAAUGUCAACAAGGGGUAUGAGAAGAAACCAUGGAUUAAUUGA